GGUCGCAGUACAAUAAAAUAACAUACGUUUUUAAAAAAUAAACACCGAUUUGUACACGACCAAAGUCUGGCGGUCAGUCUUAAUAAAAUAACACGAAAACCUUUUAUUUUGAAAGCAGUCGCAAUCGUGACAGAAAGUGCGUGACUGCUGGCUUCCUUCUCCAGCAUAAUAUGUGACUAGUCCCACAGUGGGGCGACUGAUAGGGCGGCAAGGCGGCUGAAAAAAACGGGGUUUAGAGCCGCUGCGAAAUGGCUGGACAGCAGUUUCAGUACGACGACAGUGGCAACACCUUUUUCUAUUUCCUCACGUCCUUUGUGGGAUUAAUAGUAAUCCCAGCCACCUAUUACCUCUGGCCCCGGGAUCAGAAUGCGGAGCAGUUAAGGUUGAAGAGUUUACGACGAGUUCAUGGAAGAUGUCUGUGGUAUCGCCUUCGGCAUAUGAAAUCACAGCAGAGCAUUGUUCCAACACUUAAAAAAGCAGCCCUGCUGUUUGGGUGGGCAAUAUUUCUUUUACUAGCCUAUAAGGUGUCUAAAUUAGAUCGAGAGUACCAGGAGUAUAACCCCUAUGAGGUCCUCCACUUGGAAGCAGGAGUGUCUAUUGCUGAGAUUAAGAAACAGUACAGAGUGCUGUCUCUGAAAUACCAUCCUGAUAAAGGUGGAGAUGAGGCCAUGUUCAUGAAGCUUGCUAAAGCUUACUCGGCUUUAACUAAUGAGGAAGCACGAGAUAACUGGGAGAAGUAUGGCAACCCUGAUGGCCCAAGAGUGACAAGUUUUGGAAUCGCUCUUCCUGCGUGGAUUGUUGACCAGAAAAAUUCAAUGCUGGUUCUGCUGGUCUAUGGGUUGGCUUUUAUGGUUAUCCUUCCUGUGGUUGUGGGCACAUGGUGGUACCGCUCCAUCCGCUACAGUGGUGAUCAGAUUCUCAUCAACACAACACAGCUUUUCAUGCACUUUAUGUACAAAACACCUACAAUGAACAUGAAACGAUUGGUGAUGGUUUUGACGGCAGCAUUUGAAUUUGAUCCUCGUAGUAACAAAGAGGCCAUCAUAAGACCAACAGACAACAUAGAAGUUCCACAGUUGAUUCGGGAGCUGGGGAACAUUAAUGUGAAGAAGAAGGAGCCUCCGUUCUGCUAUCCCUACAGCCUGAAGGCUCGAGUCUUAUUACUUACACACCUUGCCAGGAUGGAUGUUUCUGAGAACAUAGAGGAGGAUCAAAGGUUUGUGAUGAAGAAGUGCCCUGCUUUACUACAGGAACUGAUCAAUGUAGGCUGUCAACUUACUAUGAUGGCAACCAGUAGAGGAGGGCUUCGGGCUCCCAGGUUGACGUCCAUAGAGAACUGCAUGAAGUUGUCUCAGAUGGUGGUUCAAGGACUGCAGGAGGCCAAGUCUCCUCUGCUGCAGCUGCCCCAUUUCGAAGAGGAACACCUCCGAUACUGUAUCUCCAAGAAGUAUAAGGUACGGACAUUGCAGGAUCUGGUCAGUCUGAAGGACUCUGACAGGAGAAACAUGCUGAGAUUCCUGGGGGAGGAGAAGUAUGAUGAGGUCAUGGCGGUCCUCGGGAGCAUUCCCUAUAUCAACAUGGAAACCAAACUUCAAGUGUUGGAUGAUGAAGAUAGCAAUAACGUCACGGCAGGAUCCAUUGUCACAGUUACCGUCACCUUGAGAAGGAAGAGAACGUCUGAGAUGUUUGAGAAAGAGGAUGCACCGCUACCUACAGAGGAAACUAAUGCAGAGGAGCAAGGUGAUGCCAAAAACAAAACAAAAGUUUGGCAAAAUAAGAAUAAAGGAGCUAAAAAAGCUGCCAAGUCCAAAAAGAAGAAACUGACUAAGAAGAAACCAGUCACCCAACAGCAAGCAAAGGGAGACAAGGCCAAACACCCCAAUGGCAAUGUGGCAGGAAAUUUUCCAUUGAUCGAGAGAGAUGAGGAGAGUGACAAGCAGAGUGACACUGAGGUGGACGAGAUUGCCGGAGAUGACGAGGAGGAAUGGGAGGCACUACAACAGAGCAUUCAGCGCCGUGAAAGGGCACUAUUGGAGACCAAGUCUAAGGUCACACAUCCUGUCUACAGCUUGUACUUCCCUGAGGAGAAGCAGGAGUGGUGGUGGCUCUACAUUGCAGAUAGGAAGGAACAGACUCUGGUGUCUAUGCCCAACCACGUCUGCACACUCAAAGACAUCGAGGAGGUGAGGCGACAACCACCUGUUUGUGCUCUACCACACCUUUUUUUUUAUUCGGGAAAGGGUGACAUUGUGGUGCUCAGUGGAGUGGAAUUUUAAUUUUACAGGA